GUUUGCCGGGCUCCAGUCAGAUUUAAGAAGUUGCGCGUCGCGCAUACGUCCGCGUCUCGUCUUGCCCGUCACCAACAAAAUCUUCUCUCACACACUCACACUCACCGGCACAUACUAACCGGCAACUGGUCGUUUCGGUUGUCGGACCGUCGCUGCAGUGCCGCGCCGAAAAGUCAAGACAAAAAAAAAUCACACACCUAAAUAGAAAUAAAAACGUUUGCCGUAAUAGUUAAUAAUAAAAAGGCAUCGCGUCGAUACGGCCGUUUUUUUAUACAGUUUACACCACUCGGUCGUUGGACGAAGAGAAUUGUUGAUUAAAAACAGAUAAAUUUGCACGUGAUGUCUUGAGGUUCAGAUGAUCGUCAUAACCGUUGCGGUCGCACGCGCGUCCCGAGGCGAUAAAAACGUCCAGUAAAUAAAAAAACGCAACAGCCCGCGACGACCACCUACAACGACUGAGUACAUCACAAGAAGCGUUCGUUUACAGGCGGCUCGUGUCCACGAUGAACUGCGGCCUUUACCAGGGUGCCGGCAUAAUACCCGGGGCCGCUGCGGCGGUCAUGUUCAACUUCCACAGACACCAGCAACAGCUGAAACUGCUGAGCGAAAUGAAAGCGGCCGCGGAAGACUGCGGUGGUGGUACUGCGACGGUCACGUCCAUGGUUCGUCCAACACCGUCCCACGCGUCCGUCGAGCGACCGUUGAAAUUCAGCAUCGACAAUAUACUGCGUCCCGAAUUCGGUGGCGCUCGCAACACCAUCGCCGAACCGGCACCGUCGCCGUCGCCACCACAUCAACGCCUCCUUCAUCAACCGCAACACCCUCGCCAACCCGAUCGGACCGGCGCCGCCGAGAAGUCUAGGCGAUCUUCGUCGUCGUCCGCUUCGUCAACGUCGACCGCCGGCGUCUCGGAAUCUCCGAGUUCGCCCAUCGACCUAUCCCGUUCCGAUCUCACCACCGCGGACACCUCCGUCACCGGAUUACCACCGGACAGGGAAACGUCUGCCGCUCAACCGUGGCCCGCUUGGGUGUACUGCACCAGAUAUUCGGACCGGCCGUCGUCAGGAAGAAGUCCGCGCACCCGUCGAGUGAAGAAGAAAGACAACAAAGAGCAGCAGGACGAAAAAAGGCCCCGAACAGCUUUUAGCGGAGAUCAGUUGGCUAGACUGAAAAAGGAGUUCACAGAGAACAGGUACUUGACGGAGCAACGACGUCAAGAGCUAGCCAACGAACUGGGCUUGAACGAAGCACAGAUUAAGAUAUGGUUUCAAAAUAAACGAGCUAAGAUCAAGAAAGCAAGCGGUACCAAAAAUCCAUUGGCAUUGCAAUUGAUGGCCCAGGGUCUAUACAACCACAGUACAGUUAUGAUCACCAAAGAAGAGGAAGAACAAAUGAUGGCACAAGUAAUGGAAAUGAACGACUGAGAAAUGAAGAUGGCUUACAACACGCUAAUUGAUCAUCAAAGUUUACAAUCUGCAUGAUUUUCGACCCAAUUUUUUGUUGUUUUAUAUUUUGUGUUUUGGUUCAUUCGCGAAUUGGUCUAUAUUUACUCAUUACAAAUUUUUCCAAAAGUACUUUAAAAGUUGAAUUAAAUUAUGAAACUUUGUAUUGUGAUUUUUGUCAAAGUAUUGAAGAGAAUUUUAUAGAUGUUAAGAAUUCCUUUGAAUAAGUUUUUGAAUUUUCCUUUGAAUAAGAACAUUGUGUAAACUUAACUAAAAUCAUAUAUAAACUAGACGAACGAUAAAUAAAAAAUCUAAAAUUAAAUAUUGACCAUAAACGUUAUGGGUUUAAAAUGUUCUCAAUGAACUUUUAUUUUCGUAUAUUAAAAGAAGAUUGGAGGAGAGCUGUAGCAAUAGAAUCUUUAUAUAAUUUGUCGAUUUUUAGAAUUUUACCAUAACAAAAGAGUUGGGCACGGUUUCCAUUGGUUUCCAUAAUCGUGAUUAUGAUUUUUAUUUGAUUGGCUUGUUGCAACAA